AUGAAUAAAGUAAUUUUGUAUGUUGCAGCGUCAUUAGAUGGAUUUAUUGCUGAUAUUAAUGGUAAAGUGGAUUGACUAUGGAUGCCAAAUGAUCCUGAUGAUAUUUUAGGAUAUCGGAAAUUAAAGAAUAGGAUCGGAACAAUUGUGAUGGGGAGUAAAAGCUAUCAGCAAGCACUCACAUUUGGCCCGUGGGAGUGGUCUGAUAAGCAUACUUAUGUUUUUACAUCUAAGCCUUUAAGGACAGAUUUAACAUGUGUGGAGUUCAUUUCUCAGUCACCUCAAGAAUUUAUUGAAAAUUUCAGAAGAGCAGGAAAAAGCAAAGAUAUUUGGCUUUUCGGAGGAGCUGCUUUGGCUGCUUCCUUUGCCCAAGUGCGUUUAAUUGAUGAAAUUGUGCUAACAAGUGUCCCAAUUACACUUGGAGAUGGGAUUUUGCUAAAUUUACCUUGGCAUGAUUUUAUGCUACAAAGUGAAAUUCAAUGCAUGGAAGGACUUAUUCAAAAGACUUAUUUUCUUAACUAA